CCCAGAUAUUUCUGAUGUUCUUUCAUCAAAUACACCAAUCACUAAGUGGAUAACGAUUUUUGAAGCUAACGGGCCAACAAUCUCAAAAGUGUUUAUCUGCUUUUUUAAAAUAAGAUCUAUAUUAUGUGACAAAGUAUCAAAUUUAUCUAUUACUAUGUUGGAAUACCAGAAAAUGUGUUCAAUUCUUGAAAAACGACAAAAUAAAUGUUUAAAACCCGUUCAUCUUGCUGCUUACCUAUUAGAACCAAAUCAACGCGGCGACAAUUUAACUGAAGAUGAAAAUUUAAUUGCAAUGGAGUUCAUCUAUGAAACUGCUUCUAAGGCGUCAUCCAAAGUAUUCUUCACAAGUAGAUCUUAUUAUGGAAGCACUCGCACUAUACAAAAUUAGAGGUAAUAAUUUUGUUAAGGAAUUCGUUAUUUCCAGCGAAAAAUGUAUGUCUGGACCUGUUUGGUGGGCAGGAAUUUGCUCCAGUUUUAAAAUAAGUAGGUUGGCUGUAGACAUUUUAAAUUUACCAUCGUCAACAGCCGCAACCGAAAGAACCUUUAGUACUUACGGAUUUAUUCAUCGGCAAAGAAGAAACAGACUUACCGUGGAGAGGGCCGGAAAACUAACUUAUAUUGCCCAUAAUUAUAAUUUACUAAAUGAAGACGAUCAUUCAAAAAUAGUAGAAGCUACUGAAGAAGAAAUAGAAAAAGAAGAUAUCGGUUUCGAAGUUAUAGACUUUACUCAAUUAACGAAAGAGAAAGAAGAUUCAGAUGACGAGGUUGGGGAUGAUCCGGAUGAUGAUGAGGAUGAUUUACCAUUAUCCACUCUAUUACAUAGUCCAUUGUGACUUUGACUAGUUUAAAAAACGUUCUUGUUGUUUUUCGUAAUGUUUUUA